AUGAUGUCGGGCAUACGCGACCGUGAACUAGCGUUAAUCUUCACCAGCCGUCCACCGGCCAACGUCAAGGAGGCUCUUGACUUGGACUCGGCGCGCCGCACCCAAUUCCCCUUGGCACAGGACCCUCAAGCCACCAGAGAUCCAACUACUUGGGGUCAUCCAUCUAACCUCCCAGGCCGGUCCACACCCUACCAAACCAAUUUAAACCGACGUUUCCGACCCCCCAGGCUCCCAGGCCCGCCAAACAACAAUCACUGUUACUACUGCGACCGUUUCGGCACAGCUGCCAAGAAAUGCAGACACAACUCAGGUAACCAGCCCUUUCCCCUAGCCGCUUUAUACACCCUCCCCUCUGAUUUUAGCCAUUGACAAUCUCGGGCACAGUGGCCAAUAAGAGAGUCAGCAUCCUUGUAGACACGGGCGCAGCCGUCUCCCUGAUUCACGGUAGCCUCCUCCACGGAACAAACUACAUGCAGUCGGCAUUCCCUCAGUUGCAGAUUCUCACCGCUAACAAUUCCACCCUCCAGCUUAGCGGCUCCGCCACAGUGCCAGUCUCCAUCAAAGACACCACUAUCCGACCUUACUUCCUCGUGUCUUCUGAACUGCAAUGGAAUGUUAUCCUCGGCUGUGUUUUCUAA